AUGCAGUGGAGACUCCUAGCCCUAUCACUACUCGCAGGCCAUGGCUUCUGUCAAGGAACACUACCCAUGCUGCGCUUCGAGUGCUCGCAGCUCGUCAUCGAUCGCCUAGACCCCCUAGUCAACCCCGGCUCCGUCCCAUCUCCACAUCUCCACCAAAUCGUCGGAGGCAACUCGUUCAACGCAUCCAUGGACCCGAAGACACACGACCUGCCCGCCAAAUCUACAUGCACCAGCUGCACCUUUUCAGAAGACUUCUCCAACUACUGGACCGCAGUCCUGUACUUCAAAGCCCGCAACGGCACCUUCACGCGCGUGUCUCAAUUCGUCAGCGAAGGCCUGCGUGGCAACGGCGGCAUAACAGUAUACUACAUCCCCUCGACCAACAACAAAACCACCGUGACAGCCUUCAAGCCAGGCUUCCGCAUGCUAGUCGGCGACGCCAUGGCCGACUCUCCCAGCAAGCGGGCGCGCAAAGUGUGCCAUCGGUGCAUGCCCGCCACGGGAGACGGCAAGAAUAUCAACUGUGGAGCUCCGGAUAGUCAGACGCUUCCCAAGGAGUUCUGCCCCGGGGGCAUACGCGCGGUUAUUACGUUUCCUACGUGUUGGGAUGGCAAGAAUUUGGAUAGCCCGGAUCAUAUGAGUCAUGUUGCGUAUGCGACGGGCGCGGGCGCGAAUGAUGCGGGUCCGACGGGGAAGUGUCCUGCUAGUCAUCCGGUGAUUAUUCCGCAGGUCAUGUAUGAGGUUAUGUGGGAUACCCGACCCUUCAACGACAAGGAGUUAUGGCCAAAGGAUGGCUCGCAGCCGUUCGUCUAUAGCACUGGUGACCAGAAAGGAUACUCGCAGCACGGAGACUACGUCUUCGGCUGGAAAGAUGAUUCUCUCCAACGCGCUAUGAACGCUCGCUGCAAUGGCGACGUGUGCACGGAGACAAAGGUCCAGACGCCCGAGGAGGCGAUGAAGUGCACCAUUCCGCAGACUGUUGAUGAGCAAAUCGACGGAUGUAAGUCAGAGCUGCCAAAGUCCUUGGUGAGGCGUGGUGAGAUUGAUUUGGCUGACACUUUGUAG